AUGGCGCCCGCUCCCAUCCCCACCCACGCCCCCUACUAUCCCCAUGCGCACGCGCACGCAGGCCGUCCCGGGCCCAGCACGGGUGGGGCCCCAGCUGCGAAUGUGGCGGCGGGCCCUGGGAAGGCGCGCUAUCCCCAACACCAGCAGCAUAGUGCGGUUGGGGCGGGCGCGGGCGCGGGGGGAGCGCGGGGGAAGGCGAGCGCGAGCGCGGCGGACGACAGCGAGCGGCGCCACUGCUGCCCGCACUGCAACAAACGGUUCAACCGCCCGAGCAGCCUCGCGAUCCACGUGAACACGCACACCGGGGCGAAGCCCUUUACGUGCGCAUUCCCGGGAUGCAACAGGAAGUUCAACGUGAAUUCAAACAUGCGCCGACACUACCGGAACCACCUCACCUCGCGCCGCAGAGACGUCGUGGCCCGGAUGGUCCAGCCGCCCUCGCCAUCGUCGUCGGUCCCACAUGGAGCGCCGGGCACGGCGACGCACCCACACAUGUCUCUUUCCCCGGAAAUGCGGAACGCGGCAGCCAGCAUGCGCGCAGGCUCUAUUCCCGCGUCGAUCGCAGACUCCGGAUCGCCGUCCGUCUCGCGCUCGUCCUCGUACUCGCCGUCUCCCGGAUCCUCGCGCUCCCCUUCGC